AGACCAUAUAUUUUGUGAAGCUACAGCAGCGUCUCAGAGGAUCACACACAUUUCUACUGGAAAGCAUAUGUUGGUCCGGACUGGAAGUCAGUGUAGCAGCAGCUGACAGGCGGAAAAGAAAUUAACCAUCAGAUGAAGACAUCGGCUCAGUUCUAUUCAAAGCAUUCUGAUAAGAACAGCUGAUUAGAAACGUGUUCAUUGGUUGUAUGUUUAAUUGGCUUGUUGCAGCAACUAAGAGAUGGACUCUGAAGCCAGCAGAACCAUAGAGAUGGCGGCGCUCGGCCGACCAAUUGGCCUCGGGAUGCUGUACGACUGCCGCCAAGAUUCACUCGUCGCUGACAUAAACUCAACUCAGCACUUUGGUUUCAUGCGUCACUUUUUUCUGCCAACACAUUUUUAAGGAUGGUUGGAAGAACCAGUUUUCCAUAAUUGGCAUGACACUGUGGGAUCACGAUGACCUGGAACAGUAUACAAGAGAAAUGCCAAAACCUAACACUGACUUUGAGAUAGUUGCAUCUGAAUCAAUUGAGCAUAAAGCUUCAGCAUUAAAGGUUGAUGCCUCUCUGAAAGCAAGUUUCUUAGGUGGACUGGUAGAGGUUGACGGAUCAGCCAAAUACCUGAAUGAUCAUAAGACUUCCCAAAAUCAGGCCAGGGUAACACUGAAAUACAAGGCCACCACAAAGUUCAAGGAACUGUCGAUGAAUCAUCUUGGAAGAGGAAAUGUGAAGCAUCCGGAUGUCUUUGAUAAAGGAUUAGCAACACAUGUAGUCACAGGCGUCCUUUACGGGGCACAAGCCUUCUUUGUCUUUGACCGUGAGGUGUCUGAAAGAGAAAAUCAUCAAGACAUUGAGGGUAACUUGAAGGUGAUGAUCAAGAAGAUUCCUUGCCUUGCAAUAGAGGGAGAAGGAUCACUGAAAAUGGAAGAUCAGGACAGAGCAAAUAUUAAUAAAUUCUCCUGCAGAUUCUUUGGAGACUUUUCCCUUCAGAAAACUCCUACAUCCUUUCAGGAUGCGGUAGAAGUCUACCAAAGCCUGCCAAAAUUACUGGGAGCCAACGGAGAAAAUGCUGUACCAGUGAAAGUCUGGCUGUUGCCACUGACAAGUUUAGAUUCCUCAGCUGCUAAACUUGUCCGUCAGAUAAGUAUAAGAUUAGUUCAAGAAUCACAGAGUGUCCUGGAGGACUUCAGUGAGCUGGAAAUGAGGUGUAAUGAUGCUUUGAAAAACACCACUGCAAAACAGUUCACACAGAUUGUCAAAAAGAUUAAAACCUUUCAAGAGAUGUGCUCUGAGUUCAAGCUGGAAUUCCAAAGAACUUUGGCAAAGAAACUUCCAUCAAUCCGAGGUGGAGGAGAAGAGGAGGCUGUGCUCGCAGAGAUCCUAAAGAAGAGACGUUCUUCUCCUUUCAACAGCAAAGACCUGAAUGAGUGGAUGAACUGUAAAGAGAGAGAAAUCUCUACUUUAAAGUCUUUCGCCAGCAUGAUGAAGAACACCAGUAUCGUCCCAUCUCAAAAUAAGUUUCAUGAAGAAAUUUUCAGUGCAGAACAUGCUGUGUGUUUUGUUUUCACCUCACUGGAGAGUGCUGAACCGUACCUGUCAGCUUUAUCAAACUACUUAGAACAAAGAACCAAACCGGACGACUUUCAAGAUUCGCACCCUCGUGAUGUAGAGAUGGAACAAUGGUACGCCUCAAAAGAGGUAGCAGAUACAAUGAGGAGUAAGGCAAAGCUCUUCAGUGACUUCGCAGAGGCCAACAAGGAGAACCAGAACAUGAAGUUUUUGAUGACUGGUUUAACAAAUGAGACGCAGAAAGGCUCCAGCAUCUACCUUUAUCAAGAUGGCUUUUCUGUCAGUGACAACUUUGAGCCACCUUCAAGACCUGAAACAGUCACAGUAAGUGACAUAAACCACAACAGUGUGACACUGAAGAUUUCUCCACCCAGAUUUGGAGCAAUGAGCAUCACCUCCUACUCUGUUGAGUUCUGUGUCAUUGGAGAGGAUGGAUGGCAACAAAAGACGGCAUCAAAAGCUGGAGAAGUCACAGUGAGAGAUCUGAGUCCUGACACAAAGUAUACGUUCAGAUGCAGAGCAGUAACCUCAGUAGGUGUUGGACCAGACAAGGAGGUCAGUGGUUCUGUUAAAACCUUACCUUGCAGCCCUCCUGGAAAACCUCGAGUUGAGCUAAACUCAGGUGAGAUAUUAGUUAGCUGGGAGAAACCUGCCGAGCUUGGACAAGGUGUCCACAUCUUGAGCUACAUCGUGGAGUACGUCAAAACGGACAACAGGGUGGAAGAGGAAGAACUCCAGUGGAACCAAAUGAUGUCAAGCGCUGAAAAUGCGAUCAUUUCAGGGCUUCAGUCCGAGACAAACUAUGUUGUCAGGGUCAGAUGUGAUUGUGGUGCAGCUGGAAGAAGCAAAGAAAGCAUCGCUGUUAAUGUCUCCACAACAAAACGUGAAUUUGCACGUUUUGCCGAAUUCCUCAGACAUAUUAGCACAAGGAUAAGUUCUACAUCUCCCUCAGUUUACAAACUGCCUCUGGAAGAGGAAGACAUGGGCAUAGAUGGAUGCCGGCGGUAUAACUUAGGCAAAGAAAGCAUGAGGCAAAAUCGCACAAUAAUGCUUCUUGGAGCGACAGGAUCAGGAAAGUCCACUCUCAUCAAUGGAAUGAUCAAUUACAUUGUUGGUGUAGAGUGGAAGGACAAUUUCAGAUUCAAAUUAAUUGAUGAGGAUCAGUCAAGAUCACAAGCUGAAAGCCAGACCUCUGAAGUCACAGUCUACCAAAUCAACCACCAGGAGGGGUUUAAAAUCCCCUUCUCUCUCACCGUUGUGGACACACCAGGGUUUGGAGAUACAAGAGGAAUAGAAAGAGACAGGGAGAUCAAGGAGCAAAUCCGGAGGCUUUUCACCUCUCAUCAUGGAGUUGGUGAGAUUGACGCUGUGUGCUUUGUUACUCAGGCCGCUCUUGCACGACUAACAGCAACACAACAAUAUGUGUUUGACUCAGUUCUCUCCAUUUUUGGCAAAGAUGUGGCUGACAACAUUGACAUGCUGGUGACUUUUGCAGAUGGCAAGCAGCCACCAGUUCUUGAGGCAAUAAACGCCUCUGGUGUCCCAUGUCCAAAAAAUGACAUUGGACUUCCAGUUCACUUCAAAUUCAACAACUCAGCAUUAUUUGCAGACAACAGAAGCAUUCGUGACAGGGUCUGUGAUGAGGAUUCUGAUGAGGAUGAUGACAGCUUUGAUGAAAUGUUUUGGACCAUGGGUGCCAAAAGUAUGGAGAGGUUCUUCACUACUUUGGGUAAAAUGACAACCAAAAGCUUGCUAAUGACCCAGGAGGUUCUCAGAGAAAGGAAGCAGCUUGAAACAGCCAUUGAAGGUUUGCAACCCCAAGUUAAAACUGGAUUAGCUAAACUUGAAGAAAUUAAGGCAACUAAAGAAAAGAUUAAAGAGCACGAAGCGGUUAUGACUUCAAAUGAACACUUUGAGAUCGAGGUGGAUGUUAUUAAGCCGAUCAAAAAACAGCUCACAAAGAAAGGAGAGUAUAUCACCAACUGCCAGAAAUGUUCAAUAACAUGCCACUACCCUUGUAUGAUAGCAAAUGAUAAUGAAAAAGCCGGCUGUGCAUCAAUGGAUAGAACAGGGAGGUGCACUGUCUGUCCUGGAAAAUGCCAUUGGAAAGUGCAUUCAAACCAGACCUACAGCUGGGAGUAUGUUAAGGUCACAGAGAAGCAGACACUGCAAGAGUUACAAGACAAAUACAAAAAAGCUGCAAAAGAAAAGAUGACUGUUCAGGAAGUCAUUGAGAGGCAAGAGGAAGAGAUUGUUCAUCUGCAGGAGAUGAUAGUGUCCCUGAUGGAUCAGUCAGCUAACUGUAUCACUCGUCUGCAAGAGAUCGCCCUGAGACCAAACCCUCUGGCCACUCCUGACUACAUUGACAUGCUGAUUGAAGGGGAAAAGUCAGAGGCCAAGCAAGGUUACCAGGCCCGAGUUCGGUCUUUGGAGGAAAUGAAGGACAGGGCAAAAUUAAUCUCCAGAGUAGCCAAACGAGACAAACUUACAAAAACGGAGGAGGAAUUGUCUGAAGAAAAACAGGACAGGCAAGAAAAGAAAGGUUGGGUGAAGAAAGUUUUAAAUUUCUUUGGCUUUUAGGGGAAAAAAUGACAUGGUCUGCAGCCACGUUAGCAGCACUGUUUUUGCAAGGUAUCAUGCUAAAGCUGGCAUGAUAUGUUACAUGUUAACAACAUACCAUGUUAGCAUGCUCUUCUUUUCUUGUCAUAAACAAGCGUUGUAGGCUUUUGGAAAUUUUGACCAGCUGGUGGAAUUAGAUGAAAUUCAUUCUUUGGGGAUCACCGGUGUGCCAGAUUUCCUCGUACUUUUUGAAUUGUUAAGAAACACGGUGACCGAGAUGUCAUGUUUGUGUAACCUGAAUGAAAUUGCUUCUUAUCUGACACUCAUUUACUAACCUCUGCCAGCUGGAGCAUUGGUGCCAUUCACUGUUGCCACACAGAACUUUGUUUUUUUUUUUUUUCAUUAAUGACUUUUUAGUACUUUUACUAUCAAUAAUCUAUGUUAAAGGUUUAAGAUCAAAUACAGAGUUUGGGGACUUUCCAGUCACUGUAAAGUUUAGCAUUUAAGGUGUUGGUAACAAAGACAGCUGGUUUAUUUCACAUAAUGAAGUUGUAGGUUUGACGUAGCUUCUGCAGGCUAAAGCUGCUGUCUGUGACGUUCAGCCUGGUUACAGAGCAGAUGACAGUGCUUCAUGUGUGUGUUUGUUGAGCUAAACGCAUCAUGCAUUAACCAGUGAUGAAUUUUGUGUAUUUGACUUCUUUGACUGUCUUUGUUGCCUUUCAAAGGCUAGAAAAGCAUCUCACUGAAAUCUGCCGUUGAGAUGCUGAUAACAGAUGUUUGGCUAAACAUGUUCAAUUUUACUGAUGUCACGGCUUAAUCAUGUCAAUGUUUUGUGAUUGAGAAGUGAUAAUAAAUUGAUUUUGUUGGA